AUGAUUUUAAAAUUCGGGAAUGAUGAAUAAUUAAAAGAUUUAGUUUGGUAGAAAGAUUAAAAUAUUGGAACAGUUAUUACCAUUCAUAAUGUUUAUAUUAUUGAUAAUAGUUUAAAUACUCUUAAAUUAAUUUCACUUCAGCCUUAAGUAAAUAAAAAGUAAAAUAAAUAUAAUAAAUUAGAAAUUAAAUUCUAUUUACUUAUUGGAUGGCUUAGGCACUUAUCUUAUAAACAAAAUUUCAUAUUUUUUAUGUCUUAUUAAGUGGAACUUGUGCUUCAACAUAAUCAAUAGAUAAUUAUGAAGAAAAGAAUGUACUUUCAGCUUUAUUAUGGGAUAGAAUGGUUUUACUAUGGUAAAGGUAACAUUUUAUUAUUAUUAUAUCAAUAUUCCCAGUGAUGUUAUAAUAUAUGUCAUAGGAAUUAGAUGAAAGAAAAAAUUCUCCUAAUAUAUAUCAAAUUAAGUAAUGUAGAUUUUUAAACAAAUUAUCAUACCAACAAAGAUUCCAAAAAUUUUUCCAAUAAAAAAAUAAGAGAAACCUCCUUAUAAAUCAAGAUUAUCAUUUAUAUACAAAAAGUAUUUUGGCCAAUGUUUAGGAAAAAAAUUUAAUUUACUUGA